GAGGUGAGAUGGGCAGUGGGCGCCACGUCAACAGACGAGCACCACCGAGGGAAGGCGGGGCAGCAGACCUUCUCUGGAACCUGACAUCUUUUUACUGGCAAUAAUUCGACAGUCAGGUGGAGUGAGGCUGCGGAUCACUGGGUCACAACCACAGCGAGACUCCACUGAUUGUAGAUAUUUUCUUGGAACACAAGGAUGAUAUCUGGAGUGCUAAUGAUAUCGCUGAUAUACUGGAUGUGUGGCUUGAUGGUGGUGUUCCCCCCAUGUGCAGCAGUAGCAGCAGGAUUCACCAUAGAGGGACUGCUGGAUCAAUGGUUGGGGAGCGAGUCCAUCACCUUCAUCCAGUACCACAUGCGCAGGACAGCUGUGACCUGUAUUCUCCACUCCAUGCUGCUGCCUGGAUAUGUGGUGACUUUAAUGAUGACCAAGCCAUGGAUUUUUGAUUUCCUGGAUGUGCACUACCACUCUCAAGCCUCCACCCUUCUUCUCCUGGCAUCUUUACUCCCAAGUGCUGUUGUGGGCUGGAUUGUGUCUAACUGGUGGAGCAGUGGAUGGCAUAAGCACCCUCUAGCAACCAGUCUUGUAGUCUAUGCCCCAAACAACUCUCCAGAUGCAUGGAAGUCUGUGGCAGCUGAUAUCAACACUGAGUACAGGAGGGUGGACAAAUUUACCAGUGGUGUAUCAAGUGUGUACAGAGUGGUGGCCACAGACAACUGGCUGAUGAAGGUGACAACUUAUCGAGUACAGUUGAUUCACUUGAGGGAUGCUGUGCUCUCUCUGGAGGGCAGCCACAUCACUCAGGGCCCAGUACGUGCAACACCCACACCUGCACAGCAGCUGACCAUCAAUGUCAUGUCUGUCAGGGAAGGAGUACCUGCUUUCUGCAUCAGGCUCAGUUCUGUGGAGUUUGGUGAGCUUGAGCUUAAAGCAGUCAAUCCAAUUGUCAAUGCCCGCCAGAUUGUCAUCCAGCAGAGCCUUUCUGACCUCUUCCUGGAGACCUUCACUAAGACCAUCCGCCUCAACCCUACAGCCACACCACCCUCCAGUAAGGAGAGGCAACUCUGCUUUGGUUGUAUGCAGACCCCUGCAAAUGUAAGUUUGGAGCGACGCUGUAAUGCCACAGGGAGCAGUACUGGAUGUCAGGAAUGCCGCUGUCGACCUAUGUGGUGUGUGUCCUGCCUUGGUAAAUGGUUUGCCUCCCGUCAAGAUCAGCACCACCCUGAGUCAUGGCUGGCUUCCCGCGCUCCCUGCCCAACCUGCCGCUCCACUUUCUGCCUGUUGGAUGUCUCUCUCAUAGCGUAGCAUAAGCUGUCCUCCCUCGUGAUUCACCACACAUUCCUGUUCACUCUGCAGUAUCAUUAUGCUAGUAUCUUCUUCCUCGUGCUCCUCUCUCUCAUCCUGUGACAUUAGGCUUCAUCCCUAUUUAACUAUGCUUCUGCACAAAAUUUUACUCAUAGCACAUGACAGCUCAUCAAUUCUUCAGCACAAAACAACAAGAGAGCAAUUCUAUAAACCAAAGUACUGUGUACCUAGGUAUCUUGCUCAAUAGAUAAAUUAAUAGAUAUUUUGUUUGGUGGUAAUAUAUGUUCAUUGAUGAAACUAUAAAGUAUUUGUAACAUACAAUAUACAUGAUAUGUAUGUGAGAGUAAAUGAAACUCUGGUCAAAAAUUAAUGGAUUUUAUAUUGUAUAAUGAAAUACACACACACACACACACACACAUGCUGGAUGAGUCUGGAUAAGGAGAUAGUAAAUGCAAAAAGCAUACAUGGAUUCAAGGCUAAGCUGAAUAUUAAAAGAUAUGGAGAUGGGACAGCAUGAGCAUAGCUCUUUUCCCAUAAAGUACAACUAGAUAAAUACAACUAGGUAAAUACACACACACACACACACACACACACACACACACACACACACAGUAAUGAGGCAAUGGACAAAAUAUUUUAGAAGUGACAAUAUCAGAUACACAAUCUGGAUUCAGAAAAGGAAGGUUGUACAUCACAAACGUACUAAAGCUUUUGUUUAAGCAAUAUAAACUAAAUAUGGAGUGAAUGGAUGGGCAAAUUUCAUGUGUAGACCCAAGGAAAAGCAGUAGACAAAUUUCCCAUUAAAAGAUUAUCAUAGCAAGCAUUGGGUGAUUAAAGAGCUCACAUGUGAAGAGAUUGGAAAGAAAAUAAAGAGCGGCAAACUAAGAUGAUGCUAGAUUUUUAAAAUGUGACUAAUGAUGAAACAGUGAGAAAAAUAGGAACACUGACACUUGAUAAAAGAACAGAGACUGAAGAGCUAAUUACAGCAUGCUUUCAGUUAGUGGAUGAACUGGAAAAUAAUAGAUAUAAGUAUUUAGUACUUGAGGAACAAAGAAAAUGGAAUACAUACUUAAGAAGAUACAAGAAGAAUUGAAAUUUAUAUCUAUAUGAAUUAUAUUAAAGUAUAACUUCCAUAGCAGUGUAUUUAGAUAUCUGGAAUUGAGUAGAAGAACAGGCAUUAAAAACAAAGGACAUUGACUAAAGGAAAACUGAAUAGAUAUAGAUAUGAUAAUUAAGGAAAAAUAAUCACACACACACACACACACACACUAUUUUUUAGGAAUGUUUUUCAUCUUCAGAAAAUACCACCAUCAUAAUGAAUAUUGUUUUAAAUAUUUUUUGUUACCAUGAUAAACUAAAACUAACCAGUAAAAAUGGUUUACUUACUGUUUACAGAGAAGAAAAAAUCACUUAUCAAAAUAAAGAAAGAAAAGCAGCAUGAAUCUGUUAAUAAAUCUCAUACUAAAAUAAGUGCAACAUUCAUCUGUUCUUUGAACAUCAGAAUCUCAUUUUCAUAUACAUUGAAUGGUGAUUUUAUGGUCAUAACACUAAUAUCUAUCAUUUUAUAAUAUAUCAGGCUGGCAGGCCCUCACAGGAUAGCCCAGACAAAGCACCACACACUAAUACACACAUCAUUCACACUCUUAUUCCUAUCAGCCCUUACAUGAAAAUUUGAUUGAGAUGUAUGUUCAUAUAAUUACUCUUGAGGGAGAAUCUAAAGUGGAUUAUGAACAGUAGAAUGUUAUUCUCUCACUGGGCUGAUAUAAGUUAUGAGCAAGUUGUCUUUCAGUUGGCAUACAUGAAUGAGACAUGAUUGAACUUACCUGUCAGGGAAUAUAGUAGAUUUUCUGAUUGUGUAAGAAAAGAAUAUCAUCAUAAUAAUGCUUUCUCUCUUGUUAUCAUCAUCAUCUUUUGUCUUCGUCUUCUUUUUCCUCUUUCUAGUCUCUACUAUUAUAGAUUUCAUAUACAUUGUCUUUAGGUCAUAUAUUUUUAUGUAAAUUCUAGUAAAUCCAGAAGUUCCAUAAAGAUAUCUUUGUAUUUGUCUCAGUCUGAACAGCAUCAGCCAAUAUUAAUGUUUAGUGCCAUCUGGUAACUUUUUUUUUUUUUUUUUUUAAACUAGAAACAAGUUCUCUUAUAAAAUCAAGGGAAAACACUAAUUAAGUACAUUGUGGUUUGUGAAGGAUGGUCUGAUGGCCCCCUGAUCACUAGUGCUGGACUGCAUACUCCAUCCAUUAAGAUAGGCGUUUGCGUGAUUUUCAUUAAUUUUGCUGCUGGAAGAAUAAUUAACAACUGCCAUGGAUAUUGUAUUUCAUUUACAGUGGUAUCUGUGACAAAUUAAUUUUAUACUAAUUAGCUAUUCAUUUCAUGCUUUUUCACAAUUCCAAACAAAGAACAUGUGAAAAAAAAAUGUUUGGAGAAAUAUAAAAAUAACAUGAAAAUUAUAAUAUAAUAUCCCAAAAUAACAAGAAGUACACCAAACAUGUAAUGUAACUGUUCACCUGUAUGAUAAUGGCACAGCUGCCGUACUUCUCAUUUAUCCCUUUUACAGCAAUUCUAAUAGAAUGCCUUUUCUUUGAGUCUUGUGAUGAUGAUCCAUGGCUACCAAAGCACUGAAAUCUUGGAUGAAUGUGGACCAGAAUCUGCUAAUGUGCACAUCAGCUGUUUGUUGUGAUAUUAGUCCAUAGUUAAUGACUCUGGCAUGUGUGUGUGUGUGUGUGUGUGUGUGUGUGUGUGUGUGUGUGUGUGUGUGUGUGUGUGUGUUUGCUUGUUAUUUGAUUAACGAUUAACAUGAAAAUCACCCCUACAUAUGCCCAAGAUAACCCAUCAAUUACUCUCAAAUAAUGUAAGGAAUGCUGUGUACUACCUGUCUUUUCUUCUCUUCUUGUCCCUAACUUUUGGUCAUGCAGUGUGUAGGGUACCUGGUGAUAUGUCUGCCUUGUGUGUUAAUAUUACAUGUGAUAUGAAAGCCUACAUUUGUUAAUAAGAUAAAGUUAUGUAAAUAUAACUUGUAAUACAUAUUUUUGUAAACUAA